AUGGAUAGAAAAAGGCUUAGGCAUACUAGGAACAGUAGUGAAGAUGUAAGAAACUCCCUUUUAGACAAAAGGGCAACUAGUUUAUUCAAGAAAGCAGAAGAGUUUUCUGUUUUAUGUGAUGUUGAUGUUGCGAUUAUUAUUUUUAGCCCAGGAGAAAACCAACCCAUUGUUUGGAGAUCUAGAAAUAUGGCUAGGGAGGUAUUAAUGAGGUAUUCAAACUUUCCCGAGUCUGAAAGGCUUAAAAAGUUAAUGAAACAUGAAAUGUAUAUUUCAAAGAAAGUGAAUGAGAAAGAAGAAAAUAUUAGGAAAAUAGAAAAAAUGAAUGAGGAGAAGGAAAUGAAAAUCCUCUUCAAUCAAGUUGUGGAGGGAAAGAAUAUCGCUGAACUUUCUGUUAGAGAAAUUCAAGGUUUAUUAAAGCUUUCAUCUGCUAUAGUAGCUAAACUUCAUCAGAGAAAGAAAAAAGUCAAUAACCAACAUCAGCCUUCUCAAUCUCAAAUUUCUCUCUCAAACUUUACGAUAGUUAAUGAAAAUGUUUCCCCAUUACCAAAUGCAAUGGAUGACUUAAACAGUGACAUGUGGUUUGUUAAGACUAUGUCUACUAACCGCAAUUAUUUUGGCACAGGGGAUGCAAACAAUACCGCAUUUGCACCAGCUGAAGGCGAUGACAUUAGUGCCGAAGAUAAUGGACAUUCCAAGGGCCUGGAUUGA